AUGACAGCCAUCAUGAUAACAGUAGCAGUACUGUUGCUUUUCAUUCAAACCACCCUGGAGGCUCCUGAAACAGGUAUGUUGUCCAUCUCAUUGGUUAUUGGUUUACACCUGAAACAGGUAUGUUGUCCAUCUCAUUGGUUAUUGGUUUACACCUGAAACAGGUAUGUUGUCCAUCUCAUUGGUUAUUGGUUUACACCUGAAACAGGUAUGUUGUCCAUCUCAUUGGUUAUUGGUUUACACCUGAAACAGGUAUGUUGUCCAUCUCAUUGGUUAUUGGUUUACACCUGAAACAGGUAUGUUGUCCAUCUCAUUGGUUAUUGGUUUACACCUGAAACAGGUAUGUUGUCCAUCUCAUUGGUUAUUGGUUUACUCUGCAGAGGACAGCUCUUUAGGUCUAACUCCUGUUCUGUCUUGUCCUGGCAGCUUAUUAGCCUAACCAUUUGGCUGAUCCAGAAUCCCAAUUGAGACCAAGGUCCAUUUUUCAAUGGGGCCCUGUAUGUAUGUGAUAGUGUUAUGUAGUCCUAUAACAGUGUUAUGUAGCCCUUGACAGUGUUACGUAUCCUUAUGCUAGUGUUAUGUAGCCCUAUGACAGUAUAGUGUAGCCCUAUAACAGGGUUAUGUAGCCCUAUGACAGGGUUAUGUAGCCCUAUGACAGGGUUAUGUAGCACUAUAACAGGGUUAUGUAGCCCUAUGACAGGGUUAUGUAGCCCUAUAACAGGGUUAUGUAGCCCUAUGACAGGGUUAUGUAGCCCUAUGACAGUGUUAUCCUGUUAAAUGUAAUGUCAAAAGGUACAUUUCCGCCUAAAUAAGCAUACCCAAAAGUAAUUAUUUAUCAUGAGAAGGCCAUAAACAAUACUUAGUAAUAUGUAAUACUGCCAGAAAGAUUACAAUCUCACGUUUCUGGAAUUUUCAAAAAUAAAUUGCUGAGGUGUAAUCACUUUUGAGGACACAAGCUCAAGUACACAGUAUAAAUGUAAUGAAAAUAUGAAAAAUAAUAUAUAAUUUUUUUCCUGUUCAACAAAAGAGGGGGGAAUAGGAAUUAAUAAUAAUAAUAUGCCAUUUAGCAGACGCUUUUAUCCAAAGCCACUUACAGUCAUGUGCGCAUGCAUUUUUACGUAUGGGUGGUCCCGGGGAUCGAACCCACUACCCUGGCGUUACAAGCGCCGUGCUCUAUCAGCUGAGCUACAGAGGACCACGAUUGCAAUGCUUUCUGAAUAUAGUAACAAUCAAAUUAUAAACGACUUACUAUAAGAUUUCACAUUUCUUAUAACUGUAAAAUAAAUAUGAUCGUAUUUAGUGACAGUACAAAAUUGGCACCAUUUCAUAUUACUGACAACAGAGCAUUUUCUGCCCAGCGUCCUCUGUGUGAUGCAGAGACGCCAUUCAAAUGCCUGCUGACUCAUUACAACUUCAGCUUUUUAAGCACAAAGUGAUUUAGUCCCUCUGUGACCAAGAGAAAGUGGUCUUGUUUCAGUUCUACAAAAUUAUUUUGUAUUUUUUUCAUGCUGAGAGCUAGAGAAGAUCACGGCGAGAUGAGUGCUGCAAUCACACAGGCAGAGGAAAUCGAUCCUUUUGUCUGGAUUGGCCAGAAAAUGUGAGGUGUCGCUCCCUAUGCAAAUGAGGUGUCAGAUUUCACAUGCUGCGUCUCAGAGAGCAGCAUGUGAAGCGGGACAACCGGAGCCUUCACACAGCAAAUGAUGUUGCGCCGUUUCACAGAGCGCUCUGUACACAAAAAUGUUGGUCCGACUCACAUCAAUAAUUUCAAAGCUCAAUCAUUUUCAAUUACGCGUAAUUUAAAAGCCCAUUUCUUAGAGAGUGUUACAAACUGGGACUAUGUUUUGUAACUUCCUUUGAAGAGUUGGUGAUUGGGUCUAAAUAGGCGUUGGUAGUCUAAAUUCAGUGUACUUUUCUUUAACUACCAUUUCCUGAAAGUCCGACUCUUCCGACACGUCAACACAUUUUUUCUCAGCUUAGUGCCUUCAGAAGGUAUUCACUACCUUUGGCAGGUUUGCAAAAUCUCUAAGAGCUUUGCAAACCUGGAUUGUACAAUAUCUGCCCAUUUUAUUAUUUUGAAAAUUCUUCAAGCUCUGUCAAGUUGGUUGUUGAUCAUUGCUAGACAGCCAUUUUCAAGUCUUGCCAUAGAUUUAAGUCAAAACUAACUAGGCCACUCAGGAACAUUCAGUGGCAUCAUUGUCAGAAAAACGUGUCUGUUUCUGGUCAGCUUGUGUUGUUGUCCUGCAGUAGCUAGCUUGCUAAAUCGGCCCUUUCCUAAGGCAUGGAUGGGGAUUUGGACUUGUGGUUUUGACUUAAUUCUCUCUCCAGGCAAUGUUUAUGACGGCGAUUCUGAUCUAACCAUAAAUUAAUAUAUUGUGCCACUGGCCUGAGACGAUUGAAGUUCAAUAUGUAGCCUAGAAGUAACCUAGUAGGCUCAUGUUAACUAACGUUAGCUAGCUAACUUAGCUGGUUCAUUGUUGCGCACGCAUGCAAGCACACACACACACACACACACACACACACACACACACACACACACACACACACACACACACACAUACACAGAAAUCAGCCCCAUGGACACCCACAUGAUUCUUAGCAACAUGAUUGGACUAAAUUGUUUGUUUUUGUGCAUACACUGCCGAUUUUGCAGGUUUUCCUACUUACAAAGCAUGUAGAGGUCUGUAAUUUUUAUCAUAGGUACACUUCAACUGUGAGAGACGGAAUCUAAAACAAAAAUCCAGAAAAUCACAUUGUAUGAUUUUUAAGUAAUUCAUUUGCAUUCUAUUGCAUGACAUACAGUGGGGGAAAAAAGUAUUUAGUCAGCCACCAAUUGUGCAAGUUCUCCCACUUAAAAAGAUGAGAGAGGCCUGUAAUUUUCAUCAUAGGUACACGUCAACUAUGACAGACAAAAUGAGAUUUUUUUUCUCCAGAAAAUCACAUUGUAGGAUUUUUAAUGAAUUUAUUUGCAAAUUAUGGUGGAAAAUAAGUAUUUAGUCACCUACAAACAAGCAAGGUUUCUGGCUCUCACAGACCUGUAACUUCUUUAAGAGGCCCUCCUGUUCUCCACUCAUUACCUGUAUUAACUGCACCUGUUUGAACUCGUUACCUGUAAAAAGACACCUGUCCACACUCAAUCAAACAGACUCCAACCUCUCCACAAUGGCCAAGACCAGAGAGCUGUGUAAGGACAUCCGGGAUAAAAUUGUAGACCUGCACAAGGCUGGGAUGGGCUACAGGACAAUAGGCAAGCAGCAUGGUGAGAAGGCACCAACUGUUGGCGCAAUUAUUAGAAAAUGGAAGAAGUUCAAGAUGACGGUCAAUCACCCUCGGUCUGGGGCUCCAUGCAAGAUCUCACCUCGUGGGGCAUCAAUGAUCAUGAGGAAGGUGAGGGAUCAGCCCAGAACUACACGGCAGGACCUGGUCAAUGACCUGAAGAGAGCUGGGACUACAGUCUCAAAGAAAACCAUUAGUAACACACUAUGCCGUCAUGGAUUAAAAUCCUGCAGCGCACGCAAGGUCCCCCUGCUCAAGCCAGCGCAUGUCCAGGCCCGUCUGAAGUUUGCCAAUGACCAUCUGGAUGAUCCAGAGGAGGAAUGGGAGAAGGCCAUGUGGUCUGAUGAGACAAAAAUAGAGCUUUUUGGUCUAAACUCCACUCGCCGUGUUUGGAGGAAGAAGGAUGAGUACAACCCCAAGAACACCAUCCCAACCGUGAAGCAUGGAGGUGGAAACGUCAUUCUUUGGGGAUGCUUUUCUGCAAAGGGGACAGGACGACUGCACCGUAUUGAGGGGAGGAUGGAUGGGGCAAUGUAUCACGAGAUCUUGGCCAACAACCUCCUUCCCUCAGUAAGAGCAUUGAAGAUGGGUCGUGGCUGGGUCUUCCAGCAUGACAACGACCCGAAACACACAGCCAGGGCAACUAAGGAGUGGCUCCGUAAGAAGCAUCUCAAGGUCCUGGAGUGACCUAGCCAGUCUCCAGACCUGAACCCAAUAUAAAAUCUUUGGAGGGAGUUGAAAGUCCGUAUUGCCCAGCGACAGCCCCGAAACCUGAAGGAUCUGGAGAAGGUCAGUAUGGAGGAGUGGGCCAAAAUCCCUGCUGCAGUGUGUGCAAACCUGGUCAAGACCUACAGGAAACGUACAGUGGGGGAAAAAAAGUAUUUAGUCAGCCACCAAUUGUGCAAGUUCUCCCACUUAAAAAGAUGAGAGAGGCCAGCAAUUUUCAUCAUAGGUACACGUCAACUAUGACAGACAAAAUGAGAUUUUUUUUCUCCAGAAAAUCACAUUGUAGGAUUUUUAAUGAAUUAUUUGCAAAUUAUGGUGGAAAAUAUGUAUUUGGUCAAUAACAAAAGUUUCUCAAUACUUUGUUAUAUACCCUUUCUUGGCAAUGACACAGGUCAAACGUUUUCUGUAAGUCUUCACAAGGUUUUCACACACUGUUGCUGGUAUUUUGGCCCAUUCCUCCAUGCAGAUCUCCUCUAGAGCAGUGAUGGUUUGGGGCUGUCGCUGGGCAACACGUACUUUCAACUCCCUCCAAAGAUUUUCUAUGGGGUUGAGAUCUGGAGACUGGCUAGGCCACUCCAGGACCUUGAAAUGCUUUUUACGAAGCCACUCCUUCGUUGCCCGGGCGGUGUGUUUGGGAUCAUUGUCAUGCUGAAAGACCCAGCCACGUUUCAUCUUCAAUGCCCUUGCUGAUGGAAGGAGGUUUUCACUCAAAAUCUCACGAUACAUGGCCCCAUUCAUUCUUUCCUUUACACGGAUCAGUCGUCCUGGUCCCUUUGCAGAAAAACAGCCCCAAAGCAUGAUGUUUCCAUCCCCAUGCUUCACAGUAGGUAUGGUGUUCUUUGGAUGCAACUCAGCAUUCUUUGUCCUCCAAACACGACGAGUUGAGUUUUUACCAAAAAGUUCUAUUUUGGUUUCAUCUGACCAUAUGACAUUCUCCCAAUCCUCUUCUGGAUCAUCCAAAUGCACUCUAGCAAACUUCAGACGGGCCUGGACAUGUACUGGCUUAAGCAGGGGGACACAUCUGGCACUGCAGGAUUUGAGUCCCUGGCGGCGUAGUGUGUUACUGAUGGUAGGCUUUGUUACUUUGGUCCCAGCUCUCUGCAGGUCAUUCACUAGGUCCCCCCGUGUGGUUCUGGGAUUUUUGCUCACUGUUCUUGUGAUCAUUUUGACCCCACGGGGUGAGAUCUUGGAUCUCCCAGAUCGAGGGAGAUUAUCAGUGGUCUUGUAUGUCUUCCAUUUCCUAAUAAUUGCUCCCACAGUUGAUUUCUUCAAACCAAGCUGCUUACCUAUUGCAGAUUCAGUCUUCCCAGCCUGGUGCAGGUCUACAAUUGUGUUUCUGGUGUCCUUUGACAGCUCUUUGGUCUUGGCCAUAGUGGAGUUUGGAGUGUGACUGUUUGAGGUUGUGGACAGUUGUCUUUUAUACUGAUAACAAGUUCAAACAGGUGCCAUUAAUACAUUUAACGAGUGGAGGACAGAGGAGCCUCUUAAAGAAGAAGUUACAGGUCUGUGAGAGCCAGAAAUCUUGCUUGUUUGUAGGUGACCAAAUACUUAAUAAUUUGCAAAUAAAAUCAUUAAAAAUCCUACAAUGUGAUUUUCUGGAUUUUUUUUUCUCAAUUUGUCUGUCAUAGUUGAUGUGUACCUAUGAUGAAAAUUACAGGCCUCUCUCAUCUUUUUAAGUGGGAGAACUUGCACAAUUGGUGGCUGACUAAAUACUUUUUUCCCCCACUGUAUAUAUACAGUGAGGGAAAAAAGUAUUUGAUCCCCUGCUGAUUUUGUACGUUUGCCCACUGACAAAGAAAUUAUCAGUCUAUAAUUUUAAUGGUAGGUUUAUUUGAACAGUGAGAGACAGAAUAACAACAAAAAAAUCCAGAAAAACGCAUGUCAAAAAUGUUAUAAAUUGAUUUGCAUUUUAAUGAGGGAAAUAAGUAUUUGACCCCCUCUCAAUCAGAAAGAUUUCUGGCUCCCAGGUGUCUUUUCUACAGGUAACGAGCUGAGAUUAGGAGCACAUUCUUAAAGGGAGUGCUCCUAAUAUCAGCUUGUUACCUGUAUAAAAGACACCUGUCCACAGAAGCAAUCAAUCAAUCCGAUUCCAAACUCUCCACCAUGGCCAAGACCAAAGAGCUCUCCAAGGAUGUCAGGGACAAGAUUUUAGACCUACACAAGGCUGGAAUGGGCUACAAGACCAUCGCCAAGCAGCUUAGUGAGAAGGUGACAACCGUUGGUGCGAUUAUUCGCAAAUGGAAGAAACACAAAAUAACUGUCAAUCUCCCUCAGCCUGGGGCUCCAUGCAAGAUCUCACCUCGUGGAGUUGCAAUGAUCAUGAGAAUGGUGAGGAAUCAGCCCAGAACUACACGGGAGGAUCUUGUCAAUGAUCUCAAGGCAGCUGGGACCAUAGUCACCAAGAAAACAAUUGAUAACACACUACGCUGUGAAGGACUGAAAUCCUGCAGCGCCCGCAAGGUACCCCUGCUCAAGAAAGCACAUAUACAGGCCCAUCUGAAGUUUGCCAAUGAACAUCUGAAUGAUUCAGAGGAGAACUGGGUAAAAGUGUUGUGGUCAGAUGAGACCAAAAUGGAGCUCUUUGGCAUCAACUCAACUCGCCGUGUUUGGAGGAGAAGGAAUGCUGCCUAUGACCCCAAGAACACCAUUCCCACCAUCAAACAUGGAGGUGGAAACAUUAUGCUUUUGGGGUCAUAGGGACAGGACAACUUCACCGCAUCAAAGGGACGAUGGACGGCGCCAUGUACCGUCAAAUCUUGGGUGAGAACUUCCUUCCCUCAGCCAGGGCAUUGAAAAUGGGUCAUGGAUGGGUAUUCCAGCAUGACAAUGACCCAAAACACACGGCCAAGGCAACAAAGGAGAGGCUCAAGAAGAAGCACAUUAAGGUCCUGGAGUGGCCUAGCCAGUCUCCAGACCUUAAUCCCAUAGAAAAUCUGUGGAGGGAGCUGAAGGUUCGAGUUGCCAAAUGUCAUGCUCGAAACCUUAAUGACUUGGAGAAGAUCUGCAAAGAGCAAUGGGACAAAAUCCCUCCUGAGAUGUGUGAAAACCUGGUGGCCAACUACAAGAAAAGUCUGACCUCUGUAAUUGACAACAAGGGUUUUGCCACCAAGUACUAAGUCAUGUUUUGCAGAGGGGUCAAAUACUUAUUUCCCUAAUUAAAAUGCAAAUCAAUUCAUAACAUUUUUGACAUGCGUUUUUCUGGAUUUUUCUGUUGAUAUUCUGUCUCUCACUGUUCAAAUAAACCUACCAUUAAAAUUAUAGACUGAUCAUGUCUUUGUCAGUGGGCAAACGUACAAAAUCAGUAGGGGAUCAAAUACUUUUUUCCCCUCACUGUGUAUAUAUAUAUAUAUAUUUAUAUAUAUAUAUAUAAUUAUUGUAAAAUUAACUCUGUCCAUAAGGUGUAGAUAGUAAGUAUAGACCGGAAGUAGAGGCCUGGGCAUUGUUGUUCACUAAUUUAGGGAAAGGAUGGUGGGGUUGAAAAGUAAUAAAGGGGAGUAUAUAUAUAUAUUUUUUUAAACAUGGGGGAUUGGAAGUGAUGCAGACAAUUACAUUGAUAGAAGAUACAAUCUAUCUGCAAUAUUAAGCUGAUCCAUUCCCCCAGAAAAAAAAAAGAAUGUGAAAUGUCAGAAUAAUAGUAGAGAGUGAUUUAUUUCAGCUUUUAUUUAUUUCAUCACAUUCCCAGUGGGUCAGAAGUUUACAUACGCUUAAUUAGUAUUUGGUAGCAUUGCCUUUAAAUUAUUUAACUUGGGUCAAACGAUUCGGGUAGCCUUCCACAAGCUUCCCACAAUAAGUUGGGUGAAUUUUGGCCCUUUCCUCCUGACAGAGCUGGUGUAACUGAGUCAGGUUUGUAGGCCUCCUUGCUCGCACACGCUUUUUCAGUUCUGCCCACAAAUGUUCUAUAGGAUUGAGGUCAGGGCUUUGUGAUGGCCACUCCAAUACCUUGACUUUGUUGUCCUUAAGCCAUUUUGCCACAACUUUGGAAGUAUGCUUGGGGUCAUUGUCCAUUUUGAAGACCCAUUUGCGACCAAGCUUUAACUUCCUGACUGAUGUCUUGAGAUGUUGCUUCAAUAUAUCCACAUAAUUUUCCUUCCUCAUGAUGCCAUCUAUUUUGUGAAGUUCACCAGACCCUCCUGCAGCAAAGCACCCCCACAGCAUGAUGCUGCCACCCCCGUGCUUCAUGGUUGGGAUGGUGUUCUUCGGCUUGCAAAGCAACCCCUUUUUCCUCCAAACAUAAACAAUGGUCAUUAUGGCCAAACAGUUCUAUUUUUGUUUAAUCAGACCAGAGGACAUUUCUCCAAAAAGUACGAUCUUUGUCCCCAUGUGCAGUUGCAAACCGUAGUCUGGCUUUUUUAUGGCGGUUUUGAAGCAGUGGCUUCUUCCUUGCUGAGUGGCCUUUCAGGUUAUGUCGAUAUAGGACUCGUUUUACUGUGGAUAUAGAUACUUUGGUACCUGUUUCCUCCAGCAUCUUCACAAGGUCCUUUGCUGUUGUUCUGGGAUUGAUUUGCAUUUUUCUUACCAAAGUACGUUCAUCUCUAGGAGACAGAACGCGUCUCCUUCCUGAGCGGUAUGACGGCUGCGUGGUCCCAUGGUGUUUAUACUUGCGUACUAUUGUUUGUACAGAUGAACGAGGUCUUGGCUGAUUUCUUUUGAUUUUCCCAUGAUGUCAAGCAAAAAGAAAUUUGUGGAGUGAUUGAAAAACGAGUUUUAAUGACUCCAACCAAAGUGUUUGUAAACUUCCGACUUCAACUGACAUUUAAAAUGUAUUAAAUGUACAUUUUGUGUCACUGAUCUAACACAACAAAAUGUGGAAAGUCCAGGCUUUCCGAAGGCGCUGUAUAUUCUCCAUACUUGCCCAGAGUGUCACAUUCAUUUAAUGACGGGUCAGACCAAGGCGCAGCUUGAUAUGCGUAUAUGUUUAUUUUAACUGUUAAACACACGACAAAACAACAAAGGAAACGAAACGUGAAGUCCAAGGUAGCACACACAACAUACCUUAUCCGGAACAAGAUCCCACAACUAGACUGUGCCAAUAGGCUGCUUAAGUAUGGUCCCCAAUCAGAGACAACGAGCGACAGCUGCCUCUGAUUGGGAACCUCACCGGCCAACAUAAAUCCACACAUGCUAGAUAUACAACAUAGAAUAUAUACAAACAAAACAUAUAAGAGUCCCCUGAGUCAGGGCGUGACACAGAGGGAAUUGUUGACAUUGUCAAUGAUUUAGUCUAGAUAACUUCCUUUGGAAAAAAAAUGAAUUUUACGUACGUUUUUAGUAUUUUACAGGUAAAAAGAUGACAAAAAGUAUUCAUCUACAAUCUGCUCUGGACAAGUCCGGUCCUUGAAUGUCUUAAAAAAUGAAACCAAAAUAUUUAGUCUGACUUCAUCCAGUGUCCAGAAAAAAAAAAAAAAAAAAUCGAUUUGCGCGAUAUCCAAAUAUGCACAAUUUAUUGAGAUCACCUAAUUUGCAUACAUUACCAGUCAAACGUUUGGACACACCUACUCAUUCAAGGGUUUUAAUUUAUUUUAAUAUUUUCUAUAGUGAAGAAAUCAUGUAGUAACCAGAAAAGUGUUAAACAAAUCAAAAACCUUCCGGAGACACUUGAAACCCCACCUCUUUAAGGAAUACCUGGGAUAGGAUAAAGUAAUCCUUCUACCCCCCUUGCCCCCCCCCCCCCCCCCCCCCCCCCCCCCCCCAAAAAAAAAGAUAUAACAUACAAAAAAUACACAAAUAAUUAUAUUGUAAAGUGGUUAUCCCACUGGCUAUCAUAAGGUGAAUGCACCAAUUUGUAAGUCACUCUGAAUAAGAGCGUCUGCUAAAUGAUGUAAAUGUAAUAUUUGAGAUUCUUCAAAUAGCCACCCUUUUGCCUUGAUGACAGCUUUGCACACUCUUGGCAUUCUCUCAACCAGCUUCACCUGGAAUGCUUUUCCAACAGUCUUGAAGGAGUUCCCACAUAUGCUGAGCACUUGUUGGCUGCUUUUCCUUCACUCUGCCGUCCGACUCAUCCCAAACCAUCUCAAUUGGGUUGAGGUUCGGGGGAUUGUGGAGGCCAGGUCAUCUGAUGCAGCACUCAAUCACUCUCCUUCUUGGUAAAAAAAACCCUUACACAGCCUGGAGGUGUGUUGGGUCAUUGUCCUGUUGAAAAACAAAUGAUAGUCCCACUAAGCCCAAACCAGAUGGGAUGGCAUAUCGCUGCAGAAUGCUGUGGUAGCCAUGCUGGUUAAGUGUGCCUUGAAUUCUAAAUAAAUCCCAGACGGUGUCACCAGCAAAGCACCCCCACACCAUAACACCUCCUCCUCCAUGCUUUAUGGUGGGAACUACACAUGCGGAGAUCAUCUGUUCACCCACACCGCGUCUCACAAAGACAUGGCGGUUGGAACCAAAAAUCUCAAAUUUAGACUCCAGACCAAUGGACAAAUUUCCACCGGUCUAAUGUCCAUUGUUCAUGUUUCUUGUCCCAAGCAUGUCUCUUCUUCUUAUUGGUGUCCUUUAGUAGUGGUUUCUUUGCAGCAAUUUGACCAUGUAGGCCUGAUUCACACAGUCUCCUCUGAACAGUUGAUGUUGAGUGUCUGUGACUUGAACUCUGUGAAGUAUUUAUUUGGGCUGCUAUUUCUGAGGCUGGUAACUCUAAUGAACUUAUCCUCUUCAGCAGAGGUAACUCUGGGUCUUCCUUUCCUGUGGUGGUCCUCAUCAGAGCCAGUUUCAUCACAGCACUUGAUGGUUUUUGCGACUGCACUUGAAGAAACGUUCAAAGUUCUUGACAUUUUCCGUAUUGACUGACCUUCAUGUUAAAGUAAUGAUGGACUGUCGUUUCUCUUUGCUUAUUUGAGCUGUUCUUGCCAUAAUAUGGACUUGGUCUUUUACCAAAUAGGGCUAUCUUCUGUAUACCCCCCUACCGUUACACAACACAACUGAUUGGCUCAAACGCAUUAAGAAGGAAAUAAAUUCCACAAAUUAACUUUUAAGAAGGCACACCUGUUAAUUGAAAUACAUUCCAGGUGACUACCUCAUGAAGCUGGUUGAGAGAAUGCCAAGAGUGUACAAAGCUGUCAUCAAGGCAAAGGUGGCUACUUUGAAGAAAAAAUAAAAUAAUGGUUACUUCAUGAUUCCACAUGUGUUACUUCAUAGUUUUGAUGUCUUCUCUAUUAUUCUACAAUGUAGAAAACAGUAAAAAUAAGAAAAACCCUGGAAUGAGUAGGCGUGUCCAAACUUUGACUGGUACUGUAUGUUAAUAGCAUGUAUAGUAAAAUGUGAAGAAGUGUUAUAUUUGGGUUUACAUUGAACCGGUAAAAGUUGAUUUUGAAAUGAUUAAGGGAAAACAAUUCCUUAUGAGGGUGUGUUGCCUGGCCUUAAGAGGAUUUAUGUAGCCCUAUAACAGGGGUAUUUAGCCCUAUGACAGUGUUAUGUAGCCCUAUAACAGGGUUAUGUAGCCCUAUAACAGGGUUAUGUAGCCUUAUGACAGGGUUAUGUAGCCCUAAAACAGGGUUAUCUAGCCCUAUAACAGGGUUAUGUAGCCCUAUAACAGGGUUAUGUAGCCCUAUGACAGUGUUAUGUGGCCCUAUGACAGGGUUAUGUAGCCCUAUGUCAGUGUUAUGUCGCCCUAUGACAGGGUUAUGUAGCCCUAUGACAGUUAAAAAGCACUUCUGAAAGAGGGUUCAAUUAAAGUUAAAAUGUUUGCCUGUUAUGUCAGUGCUGGUUAGUGAUUUUGUUUUUGUAAUUUUCCUUUGUAGACGGUCCCUUCAUUCUCUUCAAUGCAGCCAGUGGCAUUAAACAGGGUCUGGCACGUUGGGUGUCAGGGGGACGUCUCUACUACCCCAGCAUUAGGAAGUGUGCUGGGGUCUCUGGGAAGAAAGAGGGUAGUACCCUGGUGUUUUCUGACUGUGAUGAGAAUAGCCACCUCCAGCAGUGGGAGUGUAGUAACCACACACUGCUCAAUCUGAAAGGACAGACUCUGUACCUCCACAUCAACGACAACAAUGAUCGGGUGCUGUCCAGAGACAUGGGGCCUCGGAGUCGCUGGAUCGUCUUCGGUACAACGGACGGCCCCUGCUCAAGGACCCACAGAGGUACGGGAUUUCUCAUUUAUUAGGAUUUUACACAAAGUCUCAACACAUUUCACAAGAAGCAAGGUUAAAGGCAGGUUACAUAUAACUCCCUGACCAAGGCCCUUCUCCCCCGAUUGCUCACAUAACUACAUCUGACAGUAGUUUAGUUUUUUUGUUUGUUUAAUAAUUCAACCAUUAAAAAAAAUCAAGCACACAUAAAACUUGAAAAAGCCGUACAUGCACAUGAGUAAAAUCAUGGAGGAAAACACACAUUACAGUCUGGGACUUCUUUCCAUGGUGGUCCUCCGGAGACAAGAUGGCUGGCAAGAUGGAACACAGUAUGACAACCAGAUUAUAAAACAAAAAACGAAGAAGAAGAACAUCUAUCUCAUCAUUGCAGUUACAUCGUAGGGGUCAUUCAUAUGGGCACAGAAGACAUCAAACAGGUUUUUACUUUUUAAGCUGCCCAGAGAGGACGUCGUUUUUCUGGGCAGAGGCAGCUCAUUCCACUCUGAGGCUCCAGUAUACGUGAUAAUACCUUUCCCAGCAUUACCCCUGAACCUGUAUAAGCACACAUUAGCAACAGCUGAUCUGGCGCUGUGAUUGUUUGCAUCCCUAACACGGGGAAAGUAAUCACUUAGAUAGUACAUUUUAACGACUGCAGGUUACACAUAACUACAUUUGACAGUACAUUUUAUUGGAAAAAAAAACAACCUACAUAUUUUCCCCGGGAAAACCACAAGUAAGAACCCCACACCAAACACACCACAGGGACACACCCCCAAAAAGGAAAAAAGGGACAGACCACAACGUGUCCCCAAAUAUGUUUAAAUAGGGGGCCAAUUCCCAACAAGGGCACCCGGGGGGGAAGGGGGGGCCCGGGGGGGGGAGAGGGGCAGGGGGGGGGGGGGCGGGAGGCGGGGGCAAAGGGGGGGCGGGGAGGGGGAGAGGGCAGGGGGGGCAGAGGGAGGGGGGCAGGGGGGCAGGGGGAGGGGGCAGGGGGCGGGGGAGGGGGGGGGGGCAGGGGGCAGGGGGGGGCAGGGGAGGGGGCGGGGGCAGGGGGCGGGGGGAGGGGGCGAGGGGCAGGGGGCAGGGGGCAGGGGGGCGGGGGGCAGGGGGAGAGGGGAGGGGGGGGAAGGCAGGGGGAGGGGGGGCAGGGAGGGGGGACAGGGGCAGGGGAGGGAGGGCAGAGGGGCAGGAGGGGGGGGGGAGAGGGGCAGGGGGGCAGGGAGGAGGGGGGAGAGGGGCAGGGAGGCAGAGGGGAGAGGGGCAGAGGGGAGGGAGGGAGGGGGAAAGGGGGGCGAGGGGCAGAGGGGCAGGGAGGCAGGGGGGCAGGGAGGAGGGGGCAGAGGGGCAGGGGGGCAGAGAGGCGAGGGGCAGAGGGGAGGGAGGGAGGGGGGAAGGGAGGGCAGCGGGGCAGAGGGGCAGGGAGGAAGGGGGGCAGGGAGGAGGGGGGCAGAGGGCAGGGGGGAGGAGGAGAGGGGAGGAGGGGCAGGGAGGCAGGGGGGCAGGGAGGCAGGGGGCAAGAGGGGCAGGGGGGCAGAGAGGCAGGAAGGGGCAGAGGGGCAGGGAGGGAGGGGGGCAGGGAGGCCGAGGGGCAGAGGGGCAGGGAGGCAGGGGGGGGGAGGGGGGCAGGGGGGCAGAGGGGGGAGGGGGGCGGGAGGCAGAGGGGCAGGAGGCAGAGGGGCAGUAAAACCUUGGGGGUGAAACCUACGUCACACUGAGCACUUAACCACAUAGCAACACCCACACACACACACUCACACACUCACACCACUCCAAGUAACCCCUUGUCCACUGUUUCCUUCAGAACUCUUUACCAUCGGAAGGAAACGCAUUUGAGCAGCCCUGUUCAGUUUCCCUUCCUGGACAAAGACCAAUGGUAAUCGGAGACUGUACCGUGAUGGUGACGCCUCUGGUUGGAACGCCCUCUGGUGUUGCCACCGAAACAAACAUACCAAGACAAUGAAAUGUGGGGCUACUGUCCAUCCAAAUAACUGAGUAUACCAUCCUGUUUACGUACUGUGGGUCAAUAUAACGCACCUGUUAGAUAGUGCUACUAUUUUCUUUCUCUCUCUCCUCUCUCUCCUCUCCCUCUUCUCUCUCUCUCAGCCGCUCGCUUCUCUUCUCUCUCUCUCUCUCGAUCUCUCUCUCUCUCUCUCUCGAGCUUCUUCCUCUCUCUUCUCUCUCCUCUCCUCUGUCUCUCUCUCUCUCUCUCUGUCUCUUCUCUCUCUCUCUCUCUCCUCUCUCUCUCUCUCUCUCUCUCUCUCUCUCUCUGUCUCUCUGUCUCUCUGUCUCUCUUCUCUUCUCUCUCUCUCUCUCUCUCUGUCUCUGUCUCUGUCUCUGUCUCUCUCUCUCUCCCUCAUCCCUCAUCCUCAUCCUAUAGCUAUGGAGCAUUGGCAUAAGAACCCAGUCACAGGUGCAUUCUACCAGGUGAACCUCCGCUCUGCCCUGACCUGGCACCAGGCUCGGACCAGCUGCCAACAGCAGGGAGCAGACUUGGCCUCAAUCACCGCACCCCACGAGCAGAGCUACUUAUCAGGUAGUGCCACCUGGUGGCCAUGCUCACAUUCACAUACAUCAGGCGUGUCAAACUCCAACCCUGGAGGGCCGAGUUGUCUGCUGGUUUUUAUUUCCUUUCAAUUCAAGACCUAGCUUAACGAAUCAAUCAAGUAGAAGGAAGGAGCGAAAACCUGCAGACAUUCUGUCCAUUAGGACUGGAGUUAGAGACGUCCACCAUUCUAAAGCACUACUGGAGUUAGAGACGUCCACCAUUCUAAACACUACUGGAGUUAGAGACGUCCACCGUUCUAAACACUACUGGAGUUAGAGACGUCCACCGUUCUAAAGCACUACUGGAGUUAGAGACGUCCACCAUUCUAAACACUACUGGAGUUAGAGACGUCCACCGUUCUAAAGCACUACUGGAGUUAGAGACGUCCACCGUUCUAAAGCACUACUGCUAUUCAAAUCUGCACAGCAGUCUUCUUACAGCCCAGUAUAUACACACUUCCUUCCACAUAAUAUCAUGUACUACUGUGUUUAUUAGUGUACUGUUCAUGUACUAUUUAUGUCACAUGCAACUUUCUCUCCUUCUCUGUCUUACACACAGGCCUGGUUGGUAGAGAGCAUGUGCCGCUGUGGACGGGGCUGAACGCUCUGGAGCAGGACAGUGGGUGGCAGUGGAGCAGUGGAAAGCCCCUCCGCUACUUCCGCUGGGACUCGGGUGAGUUCUCACCUUUUCACUGUUCCCUUUACGGUGCACUACUUUGACCAGGGUCUGUUGCACUAUAUAGGGAAUAGGGUGCACCAUUUUGGACACAGAUUAGAUGGGACGUCACAAUGAGACUUUACAUUUUAUGGGACUCUGGUGAGAACAUUAAGCAUUUGUUAAUGUUACGAUUCUUGUUGUUGUUAGUCUUCAGAUGUAGUGAUAUAUCUGUUGUUAGUCUUCAGAUGUAGUGAUAUAUCUGUUGUUAGUCUUCAGAUGUAGUGAUAUAUCUGUUGUUAGUCUUCAGAUGUAGUGAUAUCUGUUGUUAGUCUUCAGAUGUAGUGAUAUAUCUGUUGUUAGUCUUCAGAUGUAGUGAUCUAUCUGUUGUUAGUCUUCAGAUGUAGUGAUCUAUCUGUUGUUAGUCUUCAGAUGUAGUGAUAUAUCUGUUGUUAGUCUUCAGAUGUAGUGAUAUAUCUGUUGUUAGUCUUCAGAUGUAGUGAUAUAUCUGUUGUUAGUCUUCAGAUGUAGUGAUAUAUCUGUUGUUAGUCUUCAGAUGUAGUGAUCUAUCUGUUGUUAGUCUUCAGAUGUAGUGAUAUAUCUGUUGUUAGUCUUCAGAUGUAGUGAUAUAUCUGUUGUUAGUCUUCAGAUGUAGUGAUAUAUCUGUUGUUAGUCUUCAGAUGUAGUGAUCUAUCUGUUGUUAGUCUUCAGAUGUAGUGAUAUAUCUGUUGUUGUUGUUUGUCUGUAGGUCACCCUCUCCCUGAUCCUGGUCAGAUCUGUGGACUGGUCAACCCGGCUCAGCAGUCCUACUGGCAGAGCUCCCUGUGCUCCAAGUCACUAGGCUACGUCUGUCAGAAAGACCCACCUACAGCCCCUGUUCAGCCAGGUACGUCUGUCAGAAAGACCCACCUACAGCCCCUGUUCAGCCAGGUACGUCUGUCAGAAAGCCCACCUAGAGUCCCUGUUCAGCCAGGUACGUCUGUCAGAAAGACCCACCUACAGCCCCUGUUCAGCCAGGUACGUCUGUCAGAAAGACCCACCUACAGCCCCUGUUCAGCCAGGUACGUCUGUCAGAAAGACCCACCUACAGCCCCUGUUCAGCCAGGUACGUCUGUCAGAAAGACCCACCUAGAGCCCCUGUUCAGCCAGAUCCAACACUCCAUUCUACUCUGCUCAAUUCAUUUCAGACUAGUCCAGUCCAUUUUAGUCUAGUCCAGUCUAGUCUAGUCCAGUCCAUUUCAAUCCAGUCCAGUUCGUUUUGAUUCUGUUCAGUCCAUUUCAGUCCAGUCUAGUCCAGUUCAGUUCUUUAUGAUUUGAUUUGGUUUAGUAUGGGCAGGUGUAUUUGUUGUAGCACAGUAUUCUUAAAUGUGUUUCCAUGUGUUUGUGAUCAUCAGAAGAGGCAGGUUCAUGCUCCGGUCCGUGGAUUCCCUACGCUGCCAGGUGCUACCGCCUCCAGCGCACUAAGAAGACCUGGACAGAGGCUCAGAUGGAAUGUCGCAAGGACGGAGGCGACCUGGCCAGCAUCCACAACAUCGAGCAGCACAGCUUUGUGAUGUCACAGCUGGGAUAUGGUCAGUGAAACACUGAUACGCUAGAGUUCGCACGUUAGACAGUGAGUGAAAAGGGUAACUCCAACUCACCUCUCCUCUUCCCACCUCCCCUCCCCUCCUCUCCUCUCCUCUGUCCCAGCGGCCGCUGACGAGCUGUGGAUCGGGAUGAACGACGUCAAGACGCCCCUACUGUUUGAGUGGAGCGACCAAUCCCCUGUCCCUACACCAGGUGGGGAAGCCAUGCUAAGGGGGGGCAACUGUGUCCUGGUCAGGGGAGAG